AUGCAGGAGAGAAAACCAACUCUAACAGAAACACAGCAAGAUAGAGAAGGAAAUCUAUUUUCAACGGUGUGCAAAUCGCGGUGGAAUAAUAUUCGGGAUCGAUACCGUAAAUUCAUAAAGAAUACAGCAACGAAAAGUGGCCAAAGACGUGAAUCACAAAAACAUUAUAAAUAUCACGAGCAGUUGUCAUUUCUUCGGCCGUAUUUUCAAGAAAGAGAAACAAUUAGCAAUAUAAGUGCUCAAAGUGAAGAUAGUACAUUAGAUACGGAUUUAAACAGUGGUUCUCCACACUCUGCACAGUCUCCAUCAGUUUUAAGUGACGAAGAAGUGAUAAUAUCUAUUCCAUCGCCAGUUCAUACAUCUCAUCGAACAGGAUCACUUUCACCAGCAGCAUCUUCAAGUUCUCUUGCAUCUGCUCAGGAAACAACUGACAAACCAAAGUCUGCUGCUGCUACUUUGUUGGAGUAUGUAUUAAAGAAAAAUCAAAAUAACACUACAGAGGAACACCCUAUUGACAAGUUUCUGCAUGGUAUUGCUUCCACUCUUAAAAAUCUUACACCGUAUUACCAAAACUUAGCUAAGAGUGACACAUUUAAUAUUGUACAAAAGUAUGAAAUAAACAUGUUUGAGCGACAUAUGGAAGUACGAAAUGUUGAAAAUGAUGUACAAAUAAUAUUUGAAACAAGUACCCCAUCUGCCGGCAAAGGACGUAAUUUACAAGUGCAAGAAGAAUUACCAGAAAUUACACAUCCAAGUCCAUCUACAUCUACAAGUGCCCCAAUGAGUAUGCAAGGAGAAUCAGUAGAGACUGAAACUUUAUCCGAGACUUUUGUAGUAGCAAGUGAAAAGUAG